UUCCCCCUUUAUCUCCACAGAUUUCUCAGAGGAGAAUGGGUGUAAGAAAUCAAUCCACAGUGACUGAGUUUCUUUUCACAGGAUUAACAGACCAACCAGAACUUCAGCUGCCUCUCUUCUGCCUCUUCUUAGGGAUUUAUAUGGUCACAGCCAUGGGAAACCUAGGCAUGAUCCUGAUAAUCAGGUUGAGUUCUCAACUCCACAAGCCCAUGUACUAUUUCCUUAGUAGUUUGUCUUUUAUAGAUUUCUGCUAUUCUUCUGUCAUUACCCCCAGAAUGCUGGCAGGGUUUUUAUGCAGAGAUAAAGCUAUAUCCUAUUCUGGAUGUAUGAUCCAGCUGUUUUUCUUCUGUAUUUUCAUCAUUUCUGAGUGCUACAUGCUGGCAGCAAUGGCCUAUGACCGCUAUGUCGCCAUCUGCAGCCCCCUGUUCUACAACGUCAUCAUGUCCCCCAGGGUCUGCUCUCUGCUGGUCACUGCUGUCUUCUCAGUAGGUUUUACUGAUGCUAUGAUUCAUGGUGGCUUUAUGUUAAGGUUGACUUUCUGCGAAUCAAACAUCAUUAAACAUUAUUUCUGUGACAUCGUUCCUCUCAUUAAACUCGCGUGUUCCAACACUUAUAUUGAUGAGCUUUUGAUUUUUGUCAUCGGAGGAUUUAACAUGGUAGCCACCAGCUUGAUCAUCAUCACUUCAUAUGCUUUUAUCCUCUCCAGCAUUUUCCACAUCCAUUCUAAAGAAGGUCGGUCCAAAGCCUUCAGCACCUGCAGCUCCCACUUGACAGCUGUCCUUGUAUUUUAUGGGUCGCUCAUGUCCAUGUAUCUCAAACCUGCUUCCAGCAGUUCACUCACCCAGGAGAAAGUGUCCUCAGUAUUUUAUACCAAUGUGAUUCCCAUGUUGAAUCCUCUGAUAUAUAGUCUGAGGAACAAGGAAGUAAAAAACUCAUUGAUGAAACUCUUAAGAAGAAAAAUAUCUUCAUAAUGAAAAUGC